GCUUAAGCCGAGCGAGCGAGCGAGACCGCCGGAGAGGGAGACAAGACGGCCAUGGACGUCGGCGGGCAGCCCCAACAGGCGCCGUCGGCGGCGCAGCCCCAGCCGUCGCAGGGGCAGCCUACGGGGCAAGCCUCGCCGCCGGCGCCUCAGCCCGGCGGGGGAGCCGUAUCGGGGCCUCCCCCGGCCGGCCAUCAAGUCGUCCACGUCCGGGGCGAUUCGGAGACGGACUUGGAGGCCCUCUUCAACGCCGUCAUGAACCCCAAGGGCGCCAACGUCCCCCACACGCUCCCGAUGCGGCUCCGCAAACUGCCGGACUCCUUCUUCAAGCCUCCGGAGCCCAAGGCCCACUCCCGCCAGGCCAGCACGGAUGCAGGAACGGCGGGCGCCCUCACUCCUCAACAUGUUCGCGCUCACUCUUCUCCAGCUUUGUUGGGAACAGUUUCUCCAGGUGCACUUACUCCAUCUGGCGUAGUUCCUGGAGGUACACCCUCUCAGCAUCUCCGUCAAUCAUCUUUUGAAAUCCCCGACGAUGUGCCCCUACCACCAGGUUGGGAGAUGGCAAAGACACCUUCUGGCCAGAGAUAUUUUCUGAAUCACAUUGACCAGACAACAACAUGGCAGGAUCCAAGGAAGACUCUCCUUUCCCAAAUGAAUGUUACAGCUCCUACAAGCCCUCCAGUGCAGCAGAAUAUAAUGAAUUCAGCAACCG